AUGCACAACACUAGGACUAUUGAAGAAGGCACAGAGGUCUAUCGGCCCGGAGGAUUUCACCCUAUUUAUAUCGGUGAUGUAUUCAAAACCCGGUAUAAAGUCCUCAAUAAGAUUGGAUAUGGCGUUUAUUCAACAGUCUGGUUUGUCAGAGACCUACAGUCACAUGAAAAUGAGUACCGAGCUUUGAAGGUGCUCAGCGCCGAGUGUUAUGAUGGCACGCAAGCCCCCAUCUUCGAGCGAGAAAUAUUGACUCAUCUCCGCGACUGGGACCGCGCCCAGCUGGGUUACAACCACGUCUGCCAUCUCCUAGAUGAUUUUGAGCAUUGUGGACCUAACGGAACUCACGUCUGCUUUGUUUUUGAGCUGAUGGGCGAGACGCUACGGAGCUUUGGCGCUUGGUUCAUCGAAAGCAGACUACCAAACUCGGUGAUGCGCCGAUUCACCAUUCAGCUCUUACUCGCUCUUGAUUUUGCUCAUGACCAUAACGUUAUUCAUACCGAUAUCAAACCGGAUAACAUUUUCGUCAAGUUUAGGGACUUUUCCCUCAUAGAGUCGGGGUAUCUAGCUGAGGUUGUAAUUUCCCAACAAGAUCGGUCCGAGGAACAGUACUCAGUCAUCCCCUCAACACCCUUACGCCGCUAUUACUUCAACGAAGCCAACAGUGCGCGCGUUGCUGAAUUUGAUAUCGCUCUUGGAGACUGGGGCGUCUCUAGCUGGGCAGACCGACAUCUCAGCGAGACAAUCCAGCCUGUGGCCCUCCGAUCAGCCGAAGUCCUAAUCCAGGCGCCGUGGAAUGCGAGCACCGAUUGGUGGAACCUCGGGUGUGUCUUGCUCGAAGUGUUCCAGGCGGUUCGUAUGUUUAGCGGAUUGGUCCCGCCAGACGGCCAUUACGAGCUUAAGGAACACUUAGGGGAGAUUGUGGAUUUGUUUGGACCGUUCCCCAAGGAGCUUCUGGAAAAAGGGGAUAAGGGGCUUGUUCGGGACCUCUUUGACGACGAUGGCCGGAUCAAGGACUCUUCCAUGGAUCUACCGGAGCUGGCAUCGGAGGCAUUCUUGCCAGGUCUCAACCAAAGUGUUAGAGAUGAGUUUGCCUCCUUUUUGCAUUUGAUGAUGAAAAUUAAUCCUACUGAUCGGGUUUCGGCUGAGGAUCUAUUGCGACACCCGUGGUUAGGUGCGCUUUAG